AAGUCCCGUCAGUGUUUCUGCUGUUGACCAAGUCAUGGUCUCGGCAACAUCCUGCUCUUGUCAGUACUUCACAACCUCCUGGCUCCCUUGUCGUCACAUUUUUGCUUUCAGACAAAAAGCGGGUGUGGGGUUGUUUUUUGAAGACAUAGCCCCACGCUGGCAACUUUCCACACUCAAGUCCAUAUUACCACCAUCAAAACUGUCACCGCACAUGAACUCUGCAAGAGCUGACAAGUCUCUUCGGUCCUUGACGUUUGUUAAUCAAAAUGAUUCAAUAAAUCCUCACUUUCAAUACCGCAAACCUCAGGCCUCAUGGCCUUCUUACUCUCAGGGCGCCCAAAUGAAUGGUCAGCAUUCAGACAUGUCCCAGGCUCAGAAAUUCGAAUCAUUGUUAGUGUAUGGUCAAAGACUUGCUCAGCUAGGAAGUGAUGUUCCAAUGGGAAAAUUUGUUAAAAGGAGGGAAGUUUUGUCGAG